UAAGCAGUCGAUAUGAGUUCUGAUAUAUGAAUUUCUAUAAAUACAUUGAGGGUUUCAUUUUCACAAGUAUGUAUCAUUUUAGUUUUGAUGUUAAAUAUAUUACAUGUAAGAUACAUAGAAAAACAACCUUGUUAUUGUUCCUUGCUUAUCUCCUCUACGCUAUGGUUGAAUACGAUUGUUGGAGAUGCGGACAUGAUUUUGUUCUGGAUGAAGAAGAAUCCAGAACAAAUAAAAUAAAUUUCCAAAUCAAGAAAACUGCAGCUGAGGCUGAGCUCUACCCAAUUUCCCACUCUAAAAUACUCCUUCCUCCGCCAACUUCCCUUGCGCUCUCCCAUUGGCAAACAAAAGUCAAAACUAACUCAAACAUCCCACCUUCCUUCCAUAUGUAAACUGAGAGUCUGAGAUACAGAUUUUCAUUUCAGACCCACAACUCAACCUCUCUCCCCUCAAUCACAGACCAGAAUCUCAGUGCUACUGGAUUUCAUGCGGCCAUGGGGGAUGAAAGAGAAGCCUUGCUGCUGAAUCACCUUAACAAGAGUCGGGCCUUCGCCCGCUGCGUCUCCCACCCGCGCGACGAGCUCCAGAGCUUCCGCACCUGGCUCAAAUGGCUCUGCGUUGAUCAGUCCAACCCUUUGACUGCCUGCCUCUCCUGGUUCGUCUUCUUCGCCUUCGCCAUUGUCGUCCCCGCCGUCUCGCAUUUCGUGCUCUCCUGCAGCGACUGCGACAGCCGCCACAGCCGGCCCUACGACACCGUGGCACAGCUCUCUCUCAGCGGCGUCGCCACCUUAUCCUUCGUUUGUUUGUCCACUUUCGUCCGCAAGUACGGCCUCCGGCGGUUUUUGUUCUUUGAUAAGCUCCGCGAUGAGAGCGAGACUGUUCGGAAGGGGUAUACCCAACAAUUCCAUAGAUCGCUGAAGAUCUUGUUCAGCUUCGUGCUGCCCUGUUUUGUUGCUGAGAGCGUCUACAAAAUAUGGUGGUUUGGCUCAGGCGGAACACGAAUUCCCUUCUUGGGACAUGUGAUUGUGAGCAACACCGUUGCUUGCAUCCUGGAGCUGUGCUCCUGGUUUUAUAGAGCUAUGGUCUUUUUUCUAGUCUGUAUUCUCUUCCGUCUCAUAUGCUACCUUCAGAUUCUCCGCCUGCAGGAUUUCGCUCAGGUUUUCCAGGUCGAUUCUGAUGUCGAAUCAGUUAUGAAAGAACACCUCCGGAUAAGAAGGCAUUUGAGUAUUAUUAGCCAUAGGUAUAGAGCAUUCAUAUUAUGGGCAUUGAUCUUCAUCACCGCAAGCCAAUUCGCGUCUCUUCUCAUGACCACACGGCCCAAUGCCGAUGUCAAUAUAUUUCAUGCUGGAGAACUAGCGGUCUGCUCUGUCAGCCUUCUAUCCGGGCUCCUGAGUUUGUUACGAAGUGCAGCAAGAAUUACCCACAAGGCACAAGCCGUGACGUCCCUUGCGGCCAAGUGGCACGUGUGUGCCACAAUCGACUCGUUCAACACAACAGAAACCGAGAAUGCAGCUGCUCAGGUAGCACGCGAGCAAGUUUUCGCUGAGAGCUCCCAAGGAUCAUCUGAUCUUGAUGAUGUUGGGGAUGAAGAGGAUGACCUUGACAAUACUAAGUUUCUUCCAUCAUAUGCCUACAGCACAAUCUCAUUUCAGAAAAGACAAGCAUUGGUGACCUACUUUGAGCAAAAUAGAGCUGGAAUCACGGUAUACGGCUUUAUGCUGGACAGAAGUUAUCUCCACACCAUAUUUGGGAUAGAGUUUUCUCUUGUGCUCUGGUUGCUGGGGAAGACAAUAGGCAUUUCUUGAACCAGCACACGGGCAUGAAUCUGGAUUAAUUUGUCAGUACCCCAGGCAUUUGAUUCGUGAAAUCUGCGAUUAGGAGUCGUUAGAAGACAAUUUAUUCGUUCAAUUUUUCUAUCGUCCAUCACUUUUGUAUAGAAGGAUCAGAACGAGCCUGCUCGACUCAUCUUGCAUCCUACACUUGUAGAUUUUUUUUCUUUUUUUUCGCAGGUCGUAUCUAUGUGUGUUGGUUCUUACGUAACGAGUAUGUGCCUUGCUCUGUAGCUUCCUUGAUCAUAAAAUUGCUACAAUGGGAGAGGUUUGGACUUUUUUGGACUGUGUUGUACUCAUGCUCGUUUCAAUGGCUAUAUUGUCAUGUUACUUUUUGUUCUUCAA